UUUUUUUUUUUUUCCGGUACGCGGGCCUCUCACUGUUGUGGCCUCUCCGGUUGCGGAGCACAGGCUCCGGACGCGCAGGCCCAGCGGCCAUGGCUCACGGGCCCAGCCGCUCCGCGGCAUGUGGGAUCUUCCCGGACCGGGGCACGAACCUGUGUCCCCUGCAUCGGCAGGCGGACUCUCAACCACUGCGCCACCAGGGAAGCCCCCAGGAAUACACUCUUAAUUGGGCCAGUCUGGAAUUUUCUGGUCAGCACUAAUGAGCUCAUUUGGUUGACUCUGGACUCAGGUCAAAUCCUGCCCAGAAGACCACGGAAUGGGAAGCCUGGUGCAGAGCUGGCAAAUGAGGACAUUGUGUUGCUGCAGGACUUUGGAGUCCUUCUCAAGUUUGGAAUCCACCAGGACCAGCUCCUUUCUGGGAAGCCAUAUGGUCUGGAAGGUUGGAGACAGGGAAGAGAAAUCAAGACAACCCCUUCUCUAGGAAGGAGGUGGUUGGUCUGAUCUCAAGUGGUGUGAGAAGACCUAUUUUGAUCUAAAGCAGGAUCUUAGGCUGGGUUAUUUCCAACCCGGGUCAAACAAUUUUGAUCGCAAGAUGUUUUUAUGGUUUAUGUGCUGUCUUGUGGAUAUGUGGCUGAUUUCUGCCUCAGAUGAGAUCUGUCCAGAACUUCCCCCAGUGGACAAUAGCAUAUUUGUUGCAAAGGAGGGGGAAGGACAAAUUCUGGGGACUUACUUAUGUAACAAUGGCUACCACCUGGUAGGAGAGAAAACCCUUUUUUGUAAUGCAUCUAAGGGAUGGAAUGCCUCUGCUCCAGAGUGCCGCUUGGGCCACUGUCCUGACCCUUUGCUGGUGAAUGGUGAGUUUAGUUCCUUGGAGCCUGUGAACGUGAAUGACACUGUCACGUUUAAAUGCAAUGAGCAUUACGUCCUCAACGGCAGCAAUUGGAGCCGGUGCCUAGAGAACCACACCUGGGUGCCUCCCUUUCCUGUCUGCAAAAGCAGAGACUGUGGCCCUCCUGAGAAUCCAACUCAUGGCUAUUUUGAAGGAACAGAUUUCAACUCGGGAUCUACCAUUACUUAUUACUGUGAAGCGAGGUACUACCUGGUGGGCACACAGCAGCAACAGUGCAUUGAUGGGGAGUGGAGCAGUACCCUUCCGGUCUGUGAGUUGAUCCGAGAAGCUCCCAAACCAGCUGAGUUGGAGUUGGAGAAGGCACUGCUUGCCUUUCAGGAGAGUAAGGAACUUUGCAAAGCCAUAGUGAACUUUACACAAAGAUUAAAGAAAAGUGGCUUAACGAUGGAGAAAGAAAAAUUUUCUCUGGAAAUAAGGAAAGCUGAGUUGAAGACAAAAAUGUUGCCCUGACAUUGUCU